AGUUCAAAUUAGUACUGCGUGCUGUCAGUAAAGGGUUGACGUCUAGUUUAUAUGCUGCUAUGUUGACUGAACGAGAUGAAGCUGUUGGACUCCUGGUAUGGGAACAGUUUCAUCUAUUUCAGUCGACUUUCUGAGAAGUUAUAUACCAACAUUAAAAUGCAGCGUUGCUUGCUUUUAUGGCAUUGUAAAUUCCAUAUCAUCAUGUUGUUUUUUUUGGCUAGUGGUUAGGUUUUGUGAAACUGAAGACAAAAUGCAAUCCUGCACUUUGUUUUUUAGGGAUGCUUUCCAUUCUUGGGUUAGACGGCUAUCAUGAUGUAGGUGGUUGUCUUGCAGCGACGCUUGUAGACUAAAAGGUUAAUGCAGCAUUGAGGAGCCAGAGGUAACGAGCAGCACUUGAACGCAGCAUCAUGCUCACGUUAGCUCACACGGUUUCACACACACACACGCAGCCAGCAGCGUCUCUGUUCAAACUAAAAGAGUGCCGCCGCCGUGUGAACGCGAUUACACACACCAGAUAACCCGACAUGGAGGUGAUGUUACGGGGACAGGACGGCGGCUGGAGAGCCGACCGGAGGAUGUGAAGGCAGCUCCGGAGCCGCUGGGACCAACACGAGGCAGACGGAGUCGGUGUGAAUACAAAAGGAACCGCCGAGGAGAGGAGACGAUGGUGGGGAGAGCAGCAGCAGCAGCAGCAGCAGGGGGAGCGGGCUUCUCAUCGUCCUCAGCUUCAGGUUUCUUAAACCACCAUUAACUUUGAACACGAGAAAAUCCUCCAGCAUGUCGGAUCCGAGCCACUGGACCGCGGUGCCGAGCCAGAGCAAGUCGCAUUAUGUUCCGGGAGCGUUGCUGAAGCGCUCAAAAAGCUGUCGCAGCAGCAACAGGAAGAGCCUCGGCGUUGGGACGCCAUCGCCCACGCUGUCCCGGCCGCUCUCUCCGCUCUCACUCCACACCGCUGCGAGCAGCCCUCUGGACAGCCCUCGAAAUGUGUCGACCAGUGCCUGCCUCAAUUUUCCAUUUGCCCGAAGUCACCUGGCCCGCGCUGACAGAGCUGAGGGCCGGAGAUGGUCCCUGGCAUCCCUCCCCUCAUCUGGCUAUGGCACCAACCCACCGAGCUCCACUGUCUCGUCCUCUUCGUCCUCACAGGAGCGCCUUCACCAGCUUCCUUACCAGCCGACACAAGAUGAGCUGCACUUCCUCUUCAAACACUUCCGCAGCACAGACAGCAUGACCGAUGAGGAUGGGCGGCCCUCGACGGUCAUACGUCCCCGAUCUCGCAGCCUCAGCCCUGGGCGAUCGAGUGUCUCCUUUGAUAAUGAGAUUGUGAUGAUGAACCAUGUUUACAGAGAACGUUUCCCAAAGGCCACAGCCCAGAUGGAGGAGCGCUUGUUGGAGAUUAUCACCCACUGCUCUCCAGACAGCUCCCUCCCGUUGGCUGACGGGGUGCUGGGCUUCAUCCAACACCAGUUAGUGGAGCUGGUCAGAGACUGCCUGGACAAGUCCCAGAAAGGCCUGGUUACUUCACGCUACUUUGCUGAGCUGCAGGAGAAGCUGGACAAGCUGCUUCAUGAGGCGUACGAGCGCUCUGAAAGUGAGGAGGUUGCCGUCAUCAUCCAGCUGGUCAGGAAGAUCCUCAUCAUAAUCUCUCGGCCUGCUCGCCUCCUGGAGUGUCUGGAGUUUGACCCAGAAGAGUUUUAUCACUUACUUGAGGCAGCAGAGGGUCAUGCCAAAGUUGGCCAGGGAAUCAAAACAGACAUCCCGCGGUACAUCAUCAGCCAACUGGGUCUGACACGGGACCCAUUAGAAGACAUGGUACAACUUGAACAGUAUGAUGCCGGUCCUUCAGUGUCAGUGGAACCUGAUGCUAAUGUAGAGAAUAAGACCCCACAGACAUUGACACCAACUCGAAGAAAGCCUUUUGAGAGUGACUUUGAAACAAUCAAACUGAUCAGUAAUGGAGCUUAUGGGGCCGUGUAUCUGGUCCGCCACAAGGAGACCCGCCAACGGUUUGCCAUGAAAAAGAUAAAUCGCCAGAACCUCGUCCUCAGGAACCAGAUCCAGCAGGCAUUUGUGGAGCGAGACAUCCUCACUUUUGCUGAGAACCCUUUUGUUGUCUCCAUGUUCUGCUCGUUUGAGACAAGACGACACCUGUGCAUGGUCAUGGAGUAUGUGGAAGGUGGAGAUUGUGCCAACCUACUCAAGAACAUGGGCCCACUGCCUGUAGAGAUGACAAGGAUGUACUUUGCUGAAACAGUCCUAGCCCUGGAGUACCUUCACAACUAUGGUAUCGUGCAUCGGGAUCUGAAACCUGAUAACUUGUUGAUUACAUCCAUGGGCCACAUCAAGUUGACGGACUUCGGCCUGUCUAAAAUUGGCCUGAUGAACAUGACCACCAACCUGUAUGAGGGUCACAUGGAGAAAGACACAAGAGAGUUCAUUGACAAGCAGGUGUGUGGCACUCCAGAGUACAUUGCCCCUGAAGUGAUCCUCAGGCAGGGCUAUGGGAAGCCAGUGGACUGGUGGGCAAUGGGGAUCAUCCUCUAUGAAUUCCUAGUUGGUUGUGUCCCCUUCUUUGGAGACACGCCUGAAGAGCUUUUUGGACAAGUUGUCAGUGAUGAAAUCAUUUGGCCUGAAGGAGAUGAUGCUUUACCUGCUGAUGCUCAGGACCUGAUCACCCGCUUGCUCAGCCAGAGUCCUUUAGACCGACUAGGAACUGGUGGAGCCUCUGAGGUCAAACAGCACUCCUUCUUCCUUGGCUUCGACUGGAAUGGACUCUUGAGACAGAAAGCUGAAUUCAUCCCUCAGCUGGAGGCGGAGGACGACACCAGCUACUUUGACACUCGUUCGGAGCGUUAUCAUCAUUUGGCAUCUGACGAGGAUGAGGAAACCAAUGAUGAAGAGUCUUCCUUGGAAAUUCGACAGUUUUCUUCCUGGUCGCAUCGCUUCAGCAAGGUUUACAGCAGCACAGAACAUCUGGCGACGCCGUCCAACCUGAGCUUCUCCUCUGACCGCAGUCACAGUGAGGAGAAGGAGGAUCGUGGAGACAUUGGAGGACUCAGUCCCUCCCUGAGCCCAGCAGAGAGUAGCGUGGAGCGCAGACAUGCUGGACGCAUGGCCAGCCUACGCCCUCGGGCGUCCUCCAGCUCCUCCCAGUCUGAGAGGAGCACCAGUCCUCUGGUGAUGAGCAGCACCCACAGCCUAGAGACAAUGCCCCGCUUUGCCCUCUCCACAGAUGAUGAAGCUGAGGUAGUUGUGUCAAACCUCCGGAGGAUCAGGAUUCGCAGCAACAGCACAGGGGGCAAACACUCAUCCCCCAAGGAGCCCACUGGCCCUCGGCGCUUUGGUAACCAGCUGGAGACCCCAGACAGACAGAGGCUGCCCUGUGGAGGGAAGGUCCCAAAGUCGGCCUCAGUCUCAGCACUGUCUCUCAUCAUCACUACAGACGACUCCUCCGGCUGCCUCCAGCCCAGUCCCAUCUCUCCACGCUCCCUGUCCUCCAACCCGUCAUCCCGUGACUCCUCCCCCAAUCGGGACCUUUCACUCAGCCCCAGCAGCCUGAAGCCUCCCAUUGUUAUCCACACCUCAGGGAAGAAGUACGGCUUCACCCUGCAGGCCAUCCGGGUCUACAUGGGUGACAGCGAUGUCUACACGGUGCAUCACAUGGUCUCGAGUGUGGAGGAGGGCAGCCCCGCUCAUCAGGCAGGUCUUUGCACUGGAGACCUCAUCACCCACGUGAACGGAGAGUCUGUCCAAGGCCUGGUCCACCCUGAGAUGAUAGAACUGCUUCUAAAGAGUGGCAGCAAGGUGGCACUUCAGACCAUAGCACUCGAGAACACGUCAAUAAAAGUGGGCCCGGCUCGAAAGACCAAACACAAAGGCAAGAUGGCUCGUCGCAGCAAGAAGAGCAAGAGGAGAGAUAAUUAUGACAGACGACGAAGCAUCUUGAAGAAGCUUUCCAAGCAGAGCACAGUUAUGCACAGCAGUCGAAGCUUCUCCUCAGGUCUCCACCACUCAGUUUCCUCCAGUGAGAGUCUCCCAGGCUCCCCCACGCACAGCCUCUCCCCUGGUCCCUCCACACCAUGCCGAAGCCCAGCACCAGACCAUCAGACCUUCGAAAAUAACUCCCCUCAGAGCACAUCUCCCUGCUCCAGUUCUCCCAGUUCUCCAGCUGCACACAUCCGGCCCAGCUCUCUCCAUGGCCUGGGUUCCAAACUCAACACACAGCGCUACACAAAGGUGGGCCGCCGAAAGUCAACCAGCAACAUCCCCCCCUCGCCACUGGCCUGCACCUCCUCCUCAACGUCUGCGCAGCAGCUUUCUCCACAGCGCUCUCCCUCUCCACUCUCAGGCUUUGCAAAAACCCUUCACACCUACCAUGGCAAAACCUUGUCCCCACCUACCAUCGUUAGACAUAUUGUUCGGCCCCGCAGCGCUGAGCCACCUCGGUCUCCUCUGUUGAAGAGGGUUCAGUCGGCUGAGAAACUGUCUGGUGUGUAUCAUGGUGAUAAGAAGUCAUAUGCUCCCCGUAGGCACACGCUGGAAGUGCCGUUUUACGGUGAAGGGGACCUGCUCGGUGACUCAGAGGCAGAGGGUACCAGUGGAGUCUCUUACAUCGGGGCUGAUCACGGCAGGCUGGGGGGAUACAUCGGAAGCCAGAGGAUGCGGGACUCUGUGAUCGAACGAUCAGAACAGCUGGUCGUGAUGCGAAAACUCAACCUAUCAGAACGGCGGGACUCCUUUAAGAAACAGGAGGCGGUGCAGGAGGUGAGCUUUGACGAGCCAGAGGAGAAAACCAGCACCACAGUUACAGUGACGACCACAACUCCAAAAGCCCAAACACAACAGCAGCAGCACAGGAUGGCCUGGGUGCUCACUCGACCCCAAACCAGCGAGGAGGUGGAGCUAGAGGUGCCGGUGGUGAGGAGGUUCACACUGGUGCCUCAGAUUGCCGUGCAGGGUUCGACUGAGAGCGAGCAGGAUGAGUGGGAGGCGUGUUCAGAUGGAGAGGAAACCAAUGAGAACCCUGAGAUGGAGGCAGCUGUCACUUCAUCUCAGCCACUAGAGGCAGGACGUCCUCUUGUUGACAGCAGCUGUCUGAACACAGAAACCACCCCAGCUGGUCCUCAGGACGGACUAUCAACAGGGAAGACUGAGUGCAGCGAGGACGGUCCACAAAAAGGGCAUCUGAAAAAGUGAUGUUCUUGUUUCAAUUGCUCAUAUCUUUUCCUUCUAAAGUUGUGAACUCAUUUACAAACUCUUCGGGCUGGGAGGGAGUAGAAGAUUUUACUUGAAUUUUGUAAUUGUAAAUAUUUGCCUCAAGGCAUUGCAUAUGUUCUGGUCUUAUUUAUUACAUUUGUAAACUAUGAUGAGUUAGUAACAGGGAAAGAGGGAAGUUCUCAUCAGUUGAAAAGCCAAGGCUCAACAUUUUGUAUCCAUAAAAUCUGGUUUUAUGUCUUUCAAAUGUCUAUUUUUUAAAUAGAUAGUCUCGGUACAGAGUAGUUUGAUAUCGCUGGGCUUAAUUGUUGAAGGACCAAAAGGUACGAGUAUUUUUUUCUUUUCUGUGUCAGUUUAGAUCUCAACAGUGCAGCUUCCAAUAGUGUAAUACUGUUGUUAUCUGGAUCCCCAUGAACCUAAGAAUGACCUCUCGUUCACACUGUCAGCAGCAUGGUUGAUAUGUCAUUUUCUGAUGGAUUCAGCCAAACUCUUCAGCUGUAUCUACAGUUUCCAGUGACAGUUCUGAUGCAUUUGCUGCUUUGCCUCAGCCCUCAAUAGCACUACAUCCUAGACGAAGACGGCAAAGCUAUCAAGCACUCAUUAGCAUGUUAGAAAGAAAAUGCUCAAUUUUGAAAGUUUCUCAAAGCUGGAAAGAUUCUUUUCAGCUGGAAUUCUUUUAUUUUGCUAAACAAUUAUUCAUGAAACAAUCCGAUUGGUAGGGAAAGAAGAUGGAGUCUGACAGAAGACUGAGAGGAAAACAUUAGUUGUGUGGCCUGUGUUUCUCUGGCAACAGUGUCGCAUUUGUUGGAAUUGAAAGUACAUCCCUGGAUUUGUCAAUCUUGUUCCUUGCAGUGUGAAUUUUUAAGGCCACAGCAUCAUUUUUUUUCUUGAAUGUGGAUGUCAGUGCAGAGUAAUAUUGCACUUGUGAUUUAAAAAUACAAUCUGUAAUGGAGUCAAGAAAGGGUAUUAUUAUGUGCCAUGAUAUCAGUGCAGUGUCCUCUAAGCCAUAUCUUUGAAGACAUCAAGAUGAAGAUGUUUCUACGUGUUUUUUUCCCACUGGCAUCUCAACACCUCAUGAAGUUGAGGAUGAAGUUUUGGAUGUCGCAGAACACGUCACUCUGCUUUGUGGCUGCUGGAUGUAGACUUUGCGUGAAUAAGUCUCAGAUUAGUUGUGAUUUGACUUUCCUGCGCUCAUCUGUAAACACUGGUUCGGCAGCAUGGCUCCGCGUCUCGCUGUGAUGACUUCUACUCAAACUCAAAGCAUGCAAUUUGCAGGAAAAACACUGAGCCCGUAAAUCGAAGUCUGCGUCUUCUUCGGAGUCUUGGAGGGAAUAGCUUUUUGUUUAAAACAUUUUGGUAUUUAUUGUUUUGGUCUUUAGUAACAAGACAUUUUGUACCUGGAAAUGUGCUGGAUCCUUGUGUUAUUUUUCCUGAAACUGUAGCUUUUGUCUUUGCUUUUGUUCUACAUGAGCAUGUAAGAGACACCAUGCCUAACAGACCUGUUCCUACCUAAUUUACUGUGUAGUGAUGUUUACAUGGAGGGGGAAAGUGCACUAAUGUAUUUUGACAUGAUUUUUGUAAGUGAAUGUUAAAUGGCAGAAGGAAACCCUUACAUCAUAUCCAAACCCAGGGCUUCUUUGAUCAAAUGUUUGAUGUCUUUGUAUUGUACAAAUAUUGAUGUAUAUUUUGAUAACAUGGAUGUGUAAUUCCAAAUGUGUUAAAGGAAAUGAUAUGCACAAUGACAAUUUGAGGCACCAGGAUUUUGGGAUGUCUUGCUUGAGGGAAUGGGUGUUUUUUUUUUUUUUUACAAAAGAGAAAAAAAACUUGUUUGGAUUCAUACCAGUAUUUCACAUCCAGUACAGACUGGAUGUGCGUCACAUUUUUCCACUACAGAGAUGGAGUUUUGAGGUUUAUUGUCUUAUUUGUCAGUGGCCAUCGAUGGCUUUUGUACCAACUUCUCUUGAGUCCUCUGUUCUUAAAGUCCUUUUGCAGUCUGACAGAAUUGUUUACAAUGAACCAACAUGCUAUGUACUGUACAGACAUUUUAUAUUCUGUGGCUGUAUAUGAUGAGACUACUCUCUUUGAUACCUUGAAAGAACCCUCAAACGUAUCCUAUCUGUUCGUGUUUGGUUCGUUUGAAACUGUUCAUUAAGAGUUAUUUAGCAUCAAGCUGAGAUGCAUUUAGUGUUUUUACAUACACUUCAGUAACUAGCUUGAAAAUCCCUGUUUUCAUAGAUUGAAUUAAAGCAACCCAGUUUAUUAACAGCACUACAGUCGUCAAAAGUUUAAGUACACUUGUAAAGAAAAUGUACAUCAUUGUAGUCUUCACUUCUGCCACUCUCAUUUUUGUGUGAUGGAAUGAGUGGAACACAAACUACUUUUGACCACCACUGUAAGGAAUGCAAAGAAAAUCUGGCAUUUUUAUUUAUUUUAUUUUAUUUUUUUACAUGUGUGCAUUUGAAAGAAAAAGAUGUAAGGCAGGGGAAAAGUAGAGGAAUUAAUAAGAAUAUCACUAGAGGUGUGUUCAUGUAAACCAAAAAAAAAAAAUUGCUAGCUAACAGGCAAUUCAACACUAUUUGUAAGCAUCACACAUAUUUGCAGAGUAAGGGUCAACCUGCAUUCUAAACUGUAGUGUAAGAAGUCUUUGUGAUCGCUAACACAUAAAAUGUGGUAGUCUUAUUUCCAAAAUGACAUGACUCUUGGGUGAAACUGCCUUAUGGUGCACGUUUACCUGAUUUCUCCAAAUAACCUGGUUUCUUAUUUGAAUGUAAAUGUAGUUGCUGCUUUAUUGAGCUCUACUGGUUGAACGCUUCAGAUCUGGUUCACACCUGUGUUACCACACAGAACAGCGAUGUAACUGUGACAGAAGUGUACAGUAAAAAAAACUUCAACCACUGGAAGACAGCAAAAAUGAGAUUCUCAGCUGGUGUUAAACUAAACUCGUACAGAACGGACGGGCAGUUGUAAACUGUUGUACAUGUGCAUGUGUUCUCCUGUGGACUCUUCUGUUCAGUGCAUGCUGCAUGAGACAAGCACACAUUUGUGAUACUUGAUUGCAUGGUAUACCGGCCUCGUCGCCCCUGUACUGUGUUUUCUUGUGCAACAAAUAAAAUUUGUAUUUCUCUUUGCCUCAUACUAA